AUGAAAUUCGAAGGAUUACCUAAUGAAUUAAUAUUCGAUUUAUUUGAAUAUUUCAAUAUUAUCGAUCUUUUUCGUGCUUUCUAUCGACUUAAUUCUCGUAUUGACAAUCUUCUCAACGAUUAUGAUCAAAAAUAUUAUCUUGAUUUUCGAUGUAUAUCAAAACAUGAUUGCGAGAUUAUAUGUCGAGAUUAUUUAACAAUUAUUACAAAACAAAUUAUUUCUCUUCAUUUAUCUGAUGAUGAUGAAACACCUAUUUCAUCUAAAAUUUUAUUUUCUAAUGGUUUUAUUCUUGAUAAAUGCAAUCAUUUACAGUCACUUUCAUUAUAUCAUAUUCAUUCUCUCAAUAGAAUUUAUAAUAUUAUUAAACAAUGUCAAUACAUACCUACUCUUACACAUCUAACAUUUAUUAAAUGUCAAUUUUGGCAGAAUGAAAAUGAUUUUAAAUAUUUUAUAAAUAUUGUUUGGCGUUUACCAAAGCUUACACAUUGUACACUGGAUUAUAUUUUACCAGGUCAACGAUUAUUAACUCAAAUAUCAAAUAUUUCACAAUCAAUUGAAUAUUUAUCAAUGAAAAAUAUUCAUUGUGAUUUUAAUACUUUAACUCAUCUUUUUCAAUUUACACCUAAUCUUCGACAAUUAUAUACAACAAUUUUUUGUGGUUGUAGAGAUGAACAAUUACAAACAAAUAUUUCAUCAAUAAUUUCAUUGAAUAUUAUUCAUAAAAGUUCAUUAAAUACAAUGAUAAGUCUUUUUCAUCAUAUGAUUAAUUUACGUUAUUUAACACUUGAAACUGAUUAUAUAUAUUUAGAUGGAUCGGAAUGGAAAAAACUUAUUAUUGAAAAUUUACCAAAUAUAAAAACAUUUCGAUUACGAAUGUUUUUUGAAUUAUCAUCUGUUCGUAAUAGAGAAAAAGAAAUAGAUACAUUAUUAAAUUCAUUUCGUACUCCAUUUUGGAUUCGAAAACAUCGAUGGUUUGUUCAAUGUGAUUGGACGUUAUCGAAAUCACAAAAACAUGCAGUUCUUUAUACUUUACCUUAUAGUUUUAAUCAUUUUUUAUAUGAUAAUUUAUGUCGAUCGAAAUCGACAUGUAUAAAUAAUCAAUAUCAAUCUUCAUAUGAUCGUGUAAGUAAUUUACAAUAUUUAGAAUAUGAAAGUAAUUCGAUCAUCAAUAAACUUAAUUCUCAUUGCUCAAUUCAAUGUCCAAAUAUUCAACACCUUGAACUUCGACUUCCAUAUAAUGAUAAAUUUUUCUGGUCAUUUGUUCCAACAUUAAAUCAAUUAUAUUCACUUGAUAUUAUGUUAAAUAAUAAUUUUGCUUAUUAUCAAUUACAAGCUUUACUCGAUCAAGCACCAUGUCUUUAUUCAUUAACAUUUCGAUGUUUAAAAAAUAUAUCCAUGGCAUUAUUUCGUUUAAGAAGUAAAUCAAUUCGUCGUCUUGAUUUUAUUAGUACAUCUACAUUACAAUGUGGACAUUUUAAAAAAUUUGAAUGUGAUGCAUUAGCUGAAUCAUUAAUUGGUCGAUAUUGUAAUGUUUUAUUGAUUAAAGUUCAAAAUCGAAUGAAUAUUCCUCAUCUAAUUAAAACUAUGUUACAUCUUCGAUCGAUGGUUGUUCAAUGUGAAGAUGAUAAUCCAGAAAAUGAUGAACUAUUAAUAUGGUUAUAUACUCAUUUAUUAUCUUCGAGUUGUUCGAUUGAGAGAGAUAAAGAUGAACCAUCGAAAAUUCGUAUGUGGAUUCGUUAA